UACAUUCUUCAGUCCCGCUGAGCGGGAGACGGACCGAACCAUUCCACCAGCUCUGAGGGGAGACACGCAUUCUCAUGUCUUUUCAUUCAUCGCGUGAUAAUAUUUUUAAUUCGGGUGUUUUCCGUUUUGUUUUUAAAUCUAAGUGUUUAUAGAGUGGUCUCUGGGUGAGUAGAUAUGCAGAAAGGAGUGAAGAUGAAGAUGACAUCUGAUCAGAACACAGAUGAUUUUACUCCAGGAGACAUAGUGUUUGCUAAAAUGAAGGGUUAUCCUUUCUGGCCUGCCAGGAUUGGUGAAGGAAAAGCCCCCAAAAAUAAGAUCCCUAUCUUCUUUUAUGGAACACAUUCAACAACAUUUCUCUUCCCCAAAGACAUCGUCCCCUACUGGCCGAACAAAGAGAAGUACGGCCGGCCAAUCAAAAGAGGCGGCUUCGAGGAGGGCAUGUGGGAGAUCGAGAACAACCCGGGUGUGGGCCUCAGAGGUCAAAAGAAAGCAGCGCUAGUCAAACGACUGUCAGAGAGUCGACUGAAACUGAAAGACAGGACGAAGAAGAAGAAAGCAGAAAAUCAGACGGAUUCAGCGCUGAACAGCGAUUCGAGGGAAACUCUUGUGAAACCCAGCAAAACAAAGUCUGAAUCCGUCGCGCCGGCAGACGCUGAAACAACCGUGACAAGGUCGACACGCUCCAGAGAUUCAGCGGCAGAGGACAGACGGACGGAUAAAGUCCCGCCUGCGAGGAGUGUGACAUCAGCGAAGGAAGGAGGAAGGAGGAUUUUACCGUCCAGGAAGUUCAUUUUAGCCAGACGAGCGUCGGCAUCAAAGACACUUUCCACUCGCAGGAAACACGCGCUGAACAGAAAGAUCAUUUCCACCGACAAGAAACCCAUAGACGCUCAUAAUCACAAGCAGCACUCGAGGGUCACGCGCUUCACUUCAGAUCUGAGCCAGAACACAGACGAGAUCCCUGCGACGCCGGUGACUGAACCCGCUCUGAAGAGGAAACGCUCGCCAGCUGAUUCUGAUGUGAAGGAAGAUGCUGUUCCUCUUCCUGUGACGCACAGCUCCAGCCCAGCAGGCUCAAAGAAGAAGCGGCUCACCGAGGAACAAGAAGAACCGAGCGAGGUCAAGAACAUAAACACACAAGACGAGGACGAACAGAAUAAACCCAAACAGACGAACGGAGAUGUUCUGAUUGUCUCUGAAAAGCACGACGAGACAAAGGAGGAGAAGAAACCGAAAGAUGAAGAGAGGAGUAAGAUCCUGGCCGAGAAGAGAAAGAGCGUGCUGAAGUCACUGCAGGGGUUAAUGACGUCCACCAGAGGAAAGACUGAGAAGAGCCAUAGAGACACAGAGCAGAGCCGAGAGCCGGACCGCAGGAGCACCGAGUGA